AUACACAAAUAAAAGCAGACGGAAAGUGUAGGCCUGCUGAUCAGCUGUUUCAAGAUGACAGCUGAUUCAGUGUGUUGCAUGACGCGGCUCGCAAUGUGAUAAUUACUAGACUGCAUUUGUAUCUGUUACGAUAGAGAGAAAUAAUUGUUGUUUGAAAAUGGCUACGAGAAAUUUGACCGAGCCUUUCGUGCUGAUGCGAAAUAAUGCUCUGCAAACCAGGCAUAUCUACGCCGAACAGAAUCUUACCGAUCGUGUGGCACUGGUGGAAUCGGAUUCCGGUGGAUCCGACAAUGUUGAGUUAAAAGGUGUCAGCAUCGACAGCGGUGCACCGCCUGUCUGGGCGGACGCCUUGGAGGAGACCCAGUACAUCUUGAACAAAUUACGUGUGAAAAUAGAUAGUCUGGUCGAGCUGCACUCCAAGCAGCUCACUAGGCCCACCUUGGAUGAUACGUCUCAGGAAGAAAGACAAAUGGAACAAUUGACACGAGAGAUUGGACGUGCAUUCUCUAAUGGCUAUAGACAAGUACAAACAAUUAAAUCAGCUGGCAGACAUGAAACUAAGCCUGCUGAACGUCGGCUAGCUGCCAGUGCAGUGAUGGCUCUUUCAACUGCCUUACAGGAAUUAGGUCUUCGAUAUAGAUCGGCACAGAAUCAUUACUUGACACAGGUAAAAUCGAGAGAAGAAAGGAAUAGCCAGUUCUUUGCAGAAGACCAGUAUCUUUUAGAUAAUGUAGCAACUGAUUCUUGGUUGACAGAAUCAAAUGAGGCAUCUGCUUGGCAGAAAAAUGAGCAAAGACAGGAUUCGGUUUUGUUGCAAUUGGAAGAACCUGAAGAUAGAAUGAAAUUAGCAUUGGAAAGAGAAGAACAAAUUGGAAGUAUAGUUCAAAGUAUAGCAGAUUUAAAGCACAUUUUCAAGGAUCUUGCAGUAAUGGUAGAGGAUCAAGGUACUAUUUUAGAUCGGAUUGAUUAUAAUAUCGAACAAACACAAGUGCAAGUACACGAAGGUUAUAAACAAUUAAAAAAAGCCGACUCGUAUCAAAAAGCUAAUAGAAAAUUAUACUGUAUCGUUGUUCUUGCGGCUGCUAUUAUAUUGCUUAGUUUCCUGUUUAUCAUAUUUAAAACGUAAAGUACUUAUAAUUAAAAUAAAUGUAAAAAUAUUGAUACACUUGUUGGUUGUUUAUCGUGUUCCAUAAAAUUAAAUAUCUAUAGAAUCUGCUGUAAUGAUGGAAAGCUAUUUUUUUAAUAAGAUAAUAUAUGUAUUUGUUUCUUAGAUGUUAUACCAAUAAGAAGACAAUGUGUUUUAAAAUUAUGGUAGAUUUCUGUUUAUUUUAUCUGUUUUUAAAUUAAUCUGUUAGAAAUAUCCGACUAAAUGUGGCAUUAAUUUUUUUUAAUCAAUAUUCUCAUUUAUAUAAAUCAAUUUUACAGUAUCAUUAUAUGUGCAAUUUUAAGUGGCCAUUUUAAAUGUACAUUAAAAAUGAU